UGAACGUGCGAAAUGUGAAUCUGUGAUAUUUAUAGGUUAUUGAUUUAUACACUUCAUAUACAGAGGAGCAUUUAGUCGGACUAAUGCCAAAGGUAUUGUCUACCAGUCGGCAUUAGGGUGAUGUAAAUAAACAAAGUAGAUAUAUUUCGGAAUAAAAAUAACGGCAAAUAUCAAGUAGAAACUGUGUAACAUUGGCUAAAUAAUACCUUAGGAAAAAUGACACAAGAAUUUCAAAAUGGAAGCUAUCAAUCCGUAUCAGAUUUCUACUCCGGAAGAUCUGUAUUUAUCACCGGAGCAACUGGAUUCCUCGGUAAAGCUUAUGUAGAAAAACUUGCCUAUGAAUGUAGAGAAAUCGAUAAAAUCUACAUUUUAAUAAGGCACAAGAAAGCUGUUAACCUUGAACAGAGAAUUCAAAAUUAUUUAGAUCAACCGUUUUUCACGAGAUUAAAGGAAGAAAGGCCAGAGGUGAUACAGAAAAUAAUUCCAAUACUAGGAGACAUAACGGCACCCAAAUUAGGACUCAAAGCUGAAGAUGAACAGACAUUGAUUGAUAAGGUGUCAGUAGUAAUUCAUUCGGCGGCGGUUGUCAAAUUCAAUCAAGCUCUAAAAGACGCCAUUAAUGCGAACGUAGAGGGCACGAGGAAAGUGUUAAGCCUAGCAAAACUUAUGAAAAAUGUAUGCACCUUCGUGUACAUCUCAACAGCGUACUCCAACUGCCAAGAGUAUGUGGUGGAAGAGGUCCUGUACCCUCCGCCCGCUGAUUUGGAAGAGGCCAAGAAGUUUGCCAUGAAGCACUAUAUCUUAGGAGACGAUGACAAAGAACUUAUAAAAAACCACCCGAAUACUUACACAUUUUCAAAAGCCCUGGCAGAGCAAGUUGUAGCGGAGAACCGAGGGGAUUUACCAACUAUAAUCAUCAGGCCGUCCAUCGUAUCAGCAUCAGAAAGAGAGCCAGUGAAAGGAUGGGUAGAUAACUUGACCGCAGCGACUGGUGUCAUCACAUCUCUAGUCAAGGGCUGGAUCCACGUCAUAGAGGCGAGCGGCGACGUGGUGUUAGACAUCAUACCCCUGGACUACGUGGUCAACCUCACCAUCGUGGCGGCUAGCAGAAGCUCGCUGGUACCAGGACUGCGCGUGUACCACAGCUGCAGCAGCACCACCAACCCCAUCACCUUGAAGAAUAUCUAUACUCAUAUCAAGGAAUUCACCUCCCAAAACAAUAACAAUGCCAGCCAUCAUGUAUCGAUGUUCUUCAUCAAAAACAAAGCGUUGGUAUCCGGGCUGACGUGCCUCAUGCAAAUUUCACCAGCCUUCAUGGCCGAUAUGUGGCUCAGAUGCAAGGGGAAGCAACCCAAAUACCUCAAACUACAAUCGAAAGUAUUACAAGGGCGCAACAUGUUGGAAUUCUUCUCGACCCGCUCCUGGCAGAUACACAGUGAAGGCGCGUGUUCCCUCUAUUCUUCUCUAAGCCCUGAGGACCGGAAGGCGUUCCGCUGUGACACAACACACAUUGAGUGGCGGGAGUACAUUUUCCAUUAUUUAGUAGGCAUAGAGCGGUAUUUGGCGAGGAAAUCGUAGGAAGUGUUCUCCUUUAUAUUUGUAAUAGAAUCAAGGUAGAAGAUUUGAGAGUAAAUUAAAUAAGAAAUGAAUCCAUUAUUCAGCUUUUAUUAUAGUAAGUCAAUAGAAUUACUUUUUAAAAAAUAAACUGAUAUAUUUCGUUUCUUAAAAACUUUGUCUAUCUGUGCAAAAAAGGUCAUGAGAAGAAAA